AUAAAAAAAAGGCGCCGUUCUCUCUCUCUCUCUCUCUCUCUCUCUCUCUCUCUCUCAUUUUUUAGCCGAACCCUAUUCUCUUUCUCUCACUCUUUGCCUCUGCAACUUGUAUGGGGUUUUCAAAUUUAUUUAUUUAUUUAUAAUAUACUGGGUCCGUUGCGGUCAUCCGCUCAGCAAAAAUCGAAAUCGAAAGUGUCUGAUUAAAUAUGCAAAACGACGAGGUCAUAUGGCAGGUUAUCAGGCACAAACACUGCAGCUUCAUGUCCAAAAUUGAAACUGGGAUAUUCUGUAGAAACCCAUAUAACGUCACUGGGAUUUGUAACCGAAGCUCGUGCCCUCUGGCUAAUAGUCGCUAUGCCACCAUUCGCGACCAUGAUGGAGUCUUCUAUCUUUAUAUGAAAACUAUAGAAAGAGCUCAUAUGCCAAACAAAUUGUGGGAAAGAGUUAAGUUACCCAGGAAUUAUGAGAAAGCACUUGAAAUUAUUGACAAACAUCUGAUGUACUGGCCUAAGUUUCUUGUGCACAAAACAAAGCAACGGCUGACUAAAAUGACCCAGAUGAGGAUACGCAUGAGGAAGCUUGCUUUGAAAACAAGGGAGAAAAUAAUGACGACACCAAGGAAAGAGAAAAAGAGAGAGGCUAGAAGAGAGGAAAAGGCUGAAAAAGCUGCAGUGUUGGAUAAGAGCAUUGAGAGAGAACUAUUAGAACGCCUCAAGAAAGGAGUUUAUGGUGAUGCAUAUAAAGAUAUAUAUAAUUACCCCUUUGAUAAAUACCAAAAAGUUCUUGAAGGGGAAGAAAUGCAGUUGGAUACUGAGAGAGAAGAGGAAGAGGAGGAGGAACCUGAGAUAGAAUAUGUUGAAGGUUAUGAUGAACUUGAAGAGGAAGAUGAUAUUGAAGAUUUUGCUGGUUUUUCAAUGGACAAUUCUCAUGCAGAUGAUGAUAAUGUUGGAAGUGAUGAAGAGGCAGAAGCAGUUACUCGCAAGAGAGAGAGAAAGGAAUCUGCAUUUGCUUCUAGAAGAUUUGAGAAAGAUGAACCUGCUGCCAAAUCGAAGAAGAAGCCGAGGGUACUUGUUGAGGUUGAGCAUGAAGAUGCUGGUGUUAGGCAAAAGGCAGUCCACUGAGAACUUUUGCUUAUUUCAUUAUUUGAUCUGGAAAAGAGAUGGUUGCAACGCUCUUCUUCGGAGGUUGGCCAUCGAUUUUUCUAAAAGCUUGCUGGGCAAGGAAGAAACUUGCUGAUGGUGACCAAAUUUUGAAAGAUUUUGAUAGCUGAACAAUUUUUUUAAAUAACCGUAGAAAGUUAAUUUGUUGUUUUUAGUGUUGGGAAGCCAUUGUAUUGCUAGCUUUGAGUUGGAGCUGGCUUUGGCCUGUGGGUUGAUUUUAGGCCAAGGGGCAUUGUUAGUUAGUCCUUGGUUUUCUGUAUUGUAAACGUCUUCUUUAACAAAGAAAAACAACAGUCUGUUGGAAGGAUCCUAGCUUUUUCCUUAUAUAAUUAAAAUUUUCUUUUGUUUUGGAUUUUA